AACAACGAAGACAGUCAAAGAAAAAGAAAUUAUUAUUAAAUUCAUGGAUGAUGAGCUUAAAACCAAAGCAAUGGCUUCAAAUUCAACGAAUGUAAACCCUAGCAAAGAUAUCGAGGCAUCUAAAACUAAAGAAGAAGGCGAACUCUCUGAUUCAUACGACGACGAAAAUCUGGAUUGCUCCACUGCUCAGUCUAGUGGUACUAUUGCCCCACCUUUGGGGCCUAACUCAGUGCUUUCUGCGGUGAAACCCAUACCACCAAAUCUGGCUGGGAAUGCUAUUGCUGGUAAUAAUAUCGCUGGCGCUGUUGAUGUUCUUUCACAACAACCAAUUCCACCAAUGAGUCAGAAAAAUGUUGAGAAGAAUCAGUUGCCAGUUAAAUCCACUAAUCGUAGUUGGUAUGCUCCUUCCGGAGGUAGCAAUAAUCUUGUAAUAUGCUUCUCAGAUGAUGAUAGUGGAAGUGACUCAGAAGAAUGCAGCCGACAAAAACCUGUUGAAAAUAAAUCCAACUCGAUUAGGGAUGGUACUCAGAGACCCUUAACUUCAUCUGCACCAAAGUUGAACAAGUUAGGACAGACUUCAACAAAUACUACCAGAGCAAUUCCCAAGAAACCUUUAAGCCGUACAUUUAUCUCAUCAAUGACCAAGAUCAAUGGUGGGGCCAAUCCCAGGAUUGCUGUUUCUUCGGUUGAUCAGGGAUCACAAAUUAGAUCUUUUAAUCCCCGCAACAAAAGUUUGGCAUGCCAAGAUCUUUUGUCUGAGCAAGGUGUAGUUUCCAACAAUAGUAAACUACAGGACUUGAGGCAGCAGAUUGCACUUCGGGAAAGCGAAUUGAAGCUUAAAGCUGCCCAGCAACAUAAGGAAAUAGUUCUGACCUCAACUAUGAACCUAGACAAUAGUGGAGGAAGGAAGUGGAUUGCAACUUCAGCAUAUGGUUCAGUUGAUCCAAAAGAACCAGACAAGAAACGCUUGAAACUUGGAGAUUCUAAUUUUACCCAAUCAAAUUCAGGUGCUCAACCAGAGGUACAUCACGUAAAAUCUAAUUUAGUGUCAAAAGACCAAAAACUGGAGACAAAGAGUCUGCAGAGCAAGGAUAAGGUUGAUCAUAGCAAGAAAGUAGAUCCAGUAAGCAAAACCAAGUCAAGCAUUAAAUGGAAAAAGAAAGAUGACAAGCGGGUUGACGUUUCAUUGGAAGAUGCAUCAAAAGUGGUGAAGGAUGGUGUUGACAUGCAUAAAGAUUUGCAUCAAUCCGUAAGGACCAGUAGGGAGGUUGAUCCAAGUAUUUUAGCAAAUCAGACUGUAGCUUUAACAAACGCAAGUGCCAGUGCUAUGAAAAAUAACUUGAGAUACGUGGAAUUAAAUCAUCCAACUAAGGUUGGUUUAAGUAAUCCACGAAGUUCUUCACCAAGCAAAGCAGUGAGAGAGCUGAAUUUAUCAAAAGGGAACGAUUACCGUGAAGUCACAUCUGGUGAUAAAACACUUGAUCCCCAUUUUAGCAAAAGAUCUCAGACUUCUCAAGAUACUGCAAGUCUGUGGAACAGUUUGGGUAAUGUAAAUAUCCCUGGUCAUUCUAAUGUGGAUGUAGAUAUACAUUCUUUAGUUGAGAUUGAGGAAAAACUGGACAAGGAGCUAGAGGAAGCGCAAAAGCACAGAUGCUUGUGUGAAAUUGAAGAAAGAAAUGCUCUUAAAGCUUACCGGAAAGCUCAGAGAGCUUUAAUUGAAGCUAAUGCUAGAUGUACAGAUCUUUAUCGUCAAAGGGAACUUUGUUCGGCACGCUUCAGAUCUUUACUUGUGGAUGAUCCCUGUUUAUUACGGUCUUCCAGGCAACAUGAACACACUAGAAUGGGAUUGGAUGCCUCAGACAAUGUGCCUGAAAAUAUGGACCUUGUACCAAUAUCAACUCAUAGAUUACUGCCUGCCUAUGACGGUCUUAAUCAACCAGGGUAUGCUGCAAAUAUCCAAUGUAUCAAUAUAGCUCGUCACAAUUUGUCUAUACAGCAUGAUAAUGGGCGAAAUUUGGGUUCUGAACCAUGCAGUGAGCAGGAUGCUAGUACAUCAGAGCCAUUUCCUCAUAAUAGCAACAAUGCUGCAAAUGGAGUAAGAUCUCCGUGUAGUCCGAUUAUUUCUGCAGAUGAAGAUGAAGGGACCUCUCUAAUGGACCAUGAUUCCGUUCAGCCCAGUCCUGAGUAUCAGCAAAAAAAACAAAACUCUGAAGUAAUUCGUAAGAGUGCAAAUAAUGAGUCUAAUAAUCAGGAUUCUUUGCUUCUUGAAGCAACAUUGAGGUCUGAACUAUUUGCGCGGCUGGGAAUGAGAACAUCAAAGAACAUUGAUUCAUGUUACAAUGAGCCUUCUAUGGAACGAGGGGCAGAAAAUGAUGUUGAAAGUGAAAAGACCCAGAUUAGCAAUGGUAGUGUUACACUCUCAGAGGCAGAGAAAAAGCAUCAAUUUGAUGUUUCAGGCCCUGAAAAGCCAAAUGAAGUUAUGCCAGAAGCUUUGGUGCUCCAGGAAAAAAAUAAUAUUCCAAAGUUUUACGCUUCAGCAAAUCCAAAGGACAAUGGAAUUUCUGUUGGAUGUCAAUUUUCAGCGACAUCUAUAAUAUUUGCACCUUCUUCCAUUUUGAGGAGUGCAAUGGGCCAUUUGAAGGCCAUGGCCCCUGUUACUAGACAAAGAGUGAAUCAUGUCUACAGUGAAGAGGUUGCUUAUGUCAACAUUGAUGAAAUGGAGCAGUCUGGUCAGAUAGCAAACUCUUUAGAGGCAAUUUGUGAUUUAUCUAGGAAAGGAAUGGGCUCCUAUACGUGCAAUAUUGCAAUUGACCCAUCUUGGCCACUCUGCAUGUAUGAGCUCCGAGGAAAAUGCAACAAUGAUGAGUGCCCGUUUCAACAUGUUAAGGAGUUGUCUAAGAGAAAUACAUACAUGAAUGGAAAUGAUGAUUCUGACAGUGCUGAUUCUCAGCUUGUUCUGGCAUCAUGUCAACAGCGAAGUAAUGGUCCAACAAAACCUGUCAAAUAUAAUGAUGUUUUCAUUUCACCAACUUAUAUAGUCAGCUUAGAUAUUUUGAAAGCUGAUCCACUCGAAUCUGUUGUGCCUUGGGCGGAUGCACACUCCUGGUGGAAGUAUUUCAGUAUUUGCUUAGCUUUAUCAAGCUUUUUCCAGAAAGAUUUACCUACAGAUGAGCCUUUCUUUCAUGAGGAUGAUGGUCGUAUUGAAGUGCGUGGCAGCUGGAAUAGGCAAUCCUCAUAUUUCCAGAGUAGAAAUGGAAUAGCGAAAAAACUCAGCCAAAGCCAAGCUUCAGAUGCUAAGGCCCAGUCCUUGGAGAUGGCUUUGCUUAUCCUCAAUCAGGAGGUUAACAAAGUGGAGGGUAUGAAAAAGGCUCUUUCUUUACUUUCACGGUCCCUUGAGGCUGAUCCGGCUUCAGAGACUCUCUGGAUGGUUUAUCUGCUUAUUUGCUAUAGUCGUAGGCUAUUUGUUGGGAAGGAUGACAUGUUCUCUUUUGCGGUCAGAAACAAUGAAGGAUCGUAUGAACUUUGGCUUAUGUACAUCAACAGUCGAAAACAACUGGAUGAUCGGUUGGGUGCAUAUGAUGCGGCUCUUUCAGCACUUUGUCGUGGUUCAUCUUCCUCUGGAAAGGAUGUACUGCAUAUGAGUGCAUGCAUCCUAGACCUGUUUUUGCAGAUGAUGGAUUGUUUAUGCAUGUCUGGGAAUGUUGAGAAAGCCAUCCAGAAAAUAUAUAGACUUUUCCCUGCUACGACAAAUUCUGAUGGGCCUCGUUCGAUGUUUACUGAUAUCCUCGCAUGCUUAACCAUUUCUGACAAAUGUGUAUUAUGGGUUUCUUGUAUUUACUUGGUUAUUUACAGGAAGCUGCCAGAUGCUGUGGUCCAGCAGCUAGAGCGUGAGAAAGAACUUCUUCCGGUCAAAUGGCCCUCUGUUGAUCUGGGCAACAAUGAAAAGAAAAGGGCUAUGCAGUUGUUAGAAAUGGUAGUAAGUUGUGUUGACUCGUACAUCAAUACUGAAUCAUUUAAGAGUGAAAGUGAUCUCAGAUCGGCACAACUUUUUGCUCUCAAUCACAUUAAGUGUUUGGUUGCACUCAAUAGCACUGACUGCUGUCAAAGCAUGUUUGAAAAAUACAGAAAAGUUUAUCCAUCUUGCUUAGAACUUGUUCUGAUAUCAGCACGAGUGCCAAAAUAUGAUUCUGAGAAUUUGAGUUUUCUUGGGUUUAAAGAAGCCCUUAACAACUGGCCAAAAGGAUCCCCUGGAAUUCACUGUAUCUGGAAUCAAUAUGCUGAAUAUGCCCAGCAGAAUGGAAAAGCUGGUCUUGCGAAAGAACUCAUCACAUGUUGGUAUAAUUCCGUUUGGAAAGUUGAGUACCCUGAAACUGAAAAUUUGAAACCCAUAGAUGAUGGGAACUCUUUUGUCUCUUGGGGAACGAAUUCAAUGUCAAAGUCCAGCGUUGUGGUACCUAAUGCAAACCAGACAGAUAUGAUGUUCGGAUAUCUUAAUCUCUUUCUUUAUAACUUUUUGCAAAAUAACAAUGUUGACGCUUGCUCAGCUAUUGACCAGGCAUUGAGGGCUGCCACUCCCAUGGGUUUCAAUCAUUGUGUAAAGGAGCAUGCCUUAUUUUUGCUCAAUGAUGAGUCUCAAAAGGGUGAUGUUCCUAUUAGUUGGCAGAUCAAUACUUUGAAUAUGUAUUUGGAUACUGCUCGCUCUUUCCAAGUCUCUGAGCCACUAUCUAGACAUUUUAUCACCAAGAUUGAAAAGCCAAGAGUCCAGCAACUUGUUCGAAACAUUCUCAGUCCAGUCUCGUCUGAUUCUUCUCUUGUGAAUUUGGUCCUUGAAGUGUGGCAUGGCCCAUCUCUUCUGCCCCAAAAUCUAACACAGCCGAAGGAUCUAGUCAAUUUUGUGGAAGCCACCUUGGCAUUAGUGCCAUCCAACUAUGAGUUAAUGUUUUCCGUGUGUAAGGUGUUAAGCCAAGGUGACUGCUUUAGGGAUGUUUCUCCCAGUCUUAUGUUUUGGGCUAGCUCAACCUUGGUCGAUGCAUUCUUUCAUGCCGUCCCAAUUGCACCCGAGUUUGUAUGGGUGAAGGCUGCCAAUAUAAUGGACAAUGUUCCGGGCAUCGAGACCAUUCUUACAAGGUUUUACAAGAAGGCUUUAGCAGUAUAUCCAUUCUCCCUAACGUUGUGGCAGUCGUAUCACACUCUAACUGAUAAGACUGAUGAUCGGAACGUCAUGGAAGAAGCAAGAGAAAGAGGUAUUGUACUUGAUUGAAGUCUCUUUCCCUUAAAUUGAGUGUAUACUGUUAGGUUGGUAGUUUCAGCAUUUGCCACAGAAACAAUAUUGGCGAGUCUUACUUGAGACGAUUUGGUAUUUGAGGAAAUUUUUGGCUAGGUAAAUAUUGAGCCAGUUCAUGUGUAAUAGGAGAGAUUGAUGUGUAAGUAGGAAACACAAAAGAACAUACAAAUUAUAGGAACUAAAUUGAAAUAGGGAUUUAUCUUUUGGUGGGAUACUAAUCUGAAAUAGGUGAAGAUUUGUUUAGAUGUAAAACAAACCCAGUUGUUGCGCCCAUUUUGCCUUUAGAUUUUAUGUUGCUUUUUUCUUUCAAUCAAUGUAAUUGCUCAUAGCGUUUGAGUAAGUUUUGGUUCA